UUAAUAUGUGAAAAAAGACGCAAAUUUGCUCAACAACUUGGUCUUAACCCCCAAGAUUGUAAUAUACCUGAUUUUUCUGUUGGUUGGCUGUUCUCAUUUGAGCAAUAUUAUGGUUUUAAAAUGCAUAAAAUACAUAGAGAAA